AUGAACGAGGAUACACAAGCACUUGCAGUAGGUCUUGGAGUGGGUCUUGGGGGAUUUGCAGGACUUCUAAUUAUUGGUUGUAUUUGUUGGCAAAUAUGCUGUGGCUCUUGGUGUAGCAAGACAAGUACUGAAACCAGAGUAAAACCACUUCCAGUUAGAAGCCAACGAAACAUACCAACAGUAACUAAAAUGCAUAGCAAUAAUAUAUCAACUGUAAUACCCAUGAAAAGCAUCAAUAUUAAUCUUAAACCACAAUUAACAUCUGGGAAUGGUUUAGCUGGUAAAAUGAAAUCAUCGCGUCGAUAG